AACAGCUAAGUGUGUUAAGAUAUUCAACUGGAGAUUUGUACCUCGGACCUCUCAUCUUCAGAUAGCGAUGGGAAACCUUCUUGGUAAAAUAUCACUUCAGGGUCCUUUAUCGGGACUUUUCUAUGGGGGUGUUGUACUUGUUCUUACAUAUAGAUUGGUACUGGGGAUGAGUUGUGUUGGCAAUAGAGCAAACUCUGUCUCUAGUUCAUUCUGACUAUAACUUCGCUCGGGAAGGGAUCGGGAGGUUGACAAAGCCAGGCUGCAAGCUCUGAAUCUGAUUAGCAGCCUUGCCCGGCUCUGGAUCCGGGCUGACGGCAGGUACUUCUCAGGCGGGACUCGAGUGGAAAGUUUUCUACCCGCUUGGCCUUUCAUAGUAAAAAGUCGGUCGCUGUUGCUUUCAGCUCCCGUUGGGAAAUCUCAUUCAAGGAUUUUUGUCAAUGGGAGAGCGCCCUGCUCCGCUCCCCCGACCCAGCUCCGGCUGACGUCACCAAGGAGGCGAUAAGUAUCUGUUGAUAUAAUUGGAUGUGAGAUUCUGGGUUGCGAUAGCACAACUCGGCCCAUCGCUGCUCCGAAAGGGCCCCCAUGAUUUAUUCAGCAGUGGAUCGGGGCACGCAAUCGAGCUGUCAAGAAAGCGUCAGCUUAUUAGGCAAGGGCUGCGUGAUUCCAGAAGCGGGUCUACGCUAUAAAAAUCACGCACCCGGGCGCUGAUUAGGAGAAAAUCUGAUCACAAGUUGGGGAAGAGACGACACGGGCAGAGUGACAGCGGGACCUCGGCAAGCCCCCGGCCCGGACCGCCUUCACCUGCCCUGGGACCCGGCCGCGGCAUCUCCAAGAUCUGGGCGUUGAUCAUGAAGCUCCAGCUGUUGGUCUCCACAGGGAUCCUGCUGGUUGCUCUCCUGCCCCGCCAUGAGUGCAGAGCCCUCCGCGGGAGCCCCCCCGCCGCCGCCAGCGCGCCGCUGCCGCCGGAUGCCCUCCCGCCGCCGCCGCCGAGCCUGCCCGUGCUGCUCCGCAUGGGAGAAGAGUAUUUCCUGCGGCUGGGCAGCCUCCACCGGAGCCCCGCCGCCUCCUCCUUCGCCCCCAGCAGCAGCCGCCUCCCGCCGGGCGCCCGGGCCACCAACUUUUUCCGAGCCGCGGGGCAGCCGCCGCCGCCGCUCCCCGAGCGCUCGCCCGAGCCUGCGGCGGGCCCCGGGGAGGGGGAAGCCAAGAGCCUGCCCCGGGAGGCGAUGGCGAGGGGGAAGCGAUCUGAGGAGCCCCCGAUCUCCCUGGAUCUGACUUUCCACCUCCUCCGAGAAGUCUUGGAAAUGGCCAGAGCCGAACAGUUAGCCCAGCAGGCUCACAGCAACAGGAAACUGAUGGAGAUCAUCGGGAAAUGAAGCGGCCGCGCCUUGCCAAAGAGAUCCUGCAGUCGGCACAACAUUAUACAGUAUUAUAUACCAUAGUGCUGCUCUGGCGUCAUCUCUGUAUUUUUAUAUAGCUUUAAACAUAGAGGGUGUGCACUGGCCAGAGCCCACGUCCCUUGGUUAGCAUGCCCAGCCGUGUAUCCCCGUGCAGUGACGAGACAAGUGUCAUUCGUAACUUGCCCGCCUUUAUGUUUCCAUUUCGAAGUUAUUCUAGUGACAUCGCUACUUUAGGAUGGGGACAGCGGAAGAAAGGGUUCAAAGCAGCCUUUGGACAAGAGAGAGACUUUUCUUGUGGGGAAAGGUGUGUGUUUGUGUGUGUGUGUCGGGGGGGGGGGGGAUCUCUGUAAGCUACUGCGAGUAACUUUUUCCUGUACCAUUUCCGUAAUAAAACAUCUUUUCAGCGCUCGGUCAAUUUUGGUGUGUAAGAGAAUGUUUAAUAUUUAUAUUUUUAAUAAAAGC